AUGAAAAUUCAAUCGAAGUCGAACGUUGAAACGGGUACCAGCUUCGGUCAGCUGACAUGGCGUGAUUGUUUCGAAGACGAUGAAAUGUAUACGUAUAUCGAGAUCACCGAAUGCCUGAUAGCAGCCCGACCAAAGCCACGGAUUACACCUGCCCCAUCCGAUUCGUUCGUACCCAGUCCUGCUAACAAAACCCUAACCUUACCAAUGCGUAGAAGUCUUUUCUCGCAUGUGCCGCCGUUCAUCAUCUUCCAAGACAGCGCAAGCACCGCGAAACUACCAUCGGUGAUCACCAAGCAUCUGCUCUGGUGGCGUGAAAAAAAGUAUUCCCCGCGUAUCAUAUAUUCGAUGGUGACGAAAUCAGGAUUUAGAACGACCACAAAACGCACCUCCGCUUGGUGCGGGACCUGGUGCACCAGCAAGCUGGUCUACUCUCAGCUGAAACGCACCAGGAUGUUUUCUAAGGUGAAUCUUUUUCCCAGCAGCUUCCACUUCGGCGAUAAAAUAUUGCUCUGCAAGAACUUUCGUAGAAUGAGAAGGAAACACGGCAGCAGGAACUUUGACUUUAUGCCGUUGACGUUCAUUCUGCCGGAAGAAAGAGACAGUCUGAGGCGAUACAUGCAGAAAAAUGGGGGUAUAUGGAUCCUAAAGCCGCCAUGUUCGUGCGCUGGAUGUGGCAUCAAGAUAGUCUCUCGUUUGUACGAGAUCCCCAAUGACCGUUCCUUGAUCGCGCAGCGUUAUAUCAGCAAGCCUCGGCUGAUCGAUGGCAUUAAGUUCGACAUAAGACUGUACGUGCUGUUGACUAGCAUCGAUCCCCUCAGGAUCUACGUUUACAACGACGGCCUGGUGAGGCUAGCGACCAUCAAAUACGUGAACCACGCGAGCACUUUGUCCAACAGAUUCAUGCACCUCACGAACACCAGCGUGAACAAACACAGCCCUAACUUCGAAGUGAACGACGAUCCAGGUAAACGCAAAGGUAACAUGUGGUCAUUGAGCUGUCUAUGGAAGUAUUUCUCCACGCUCGAGGAUGUCGAUCCCAGCGAUAUCUGGUUGAAGAUCAAGGACAUCGCCAUUAAAACGAUCAUCUCGGCCGAAUCGUUUCUCGUGAAAGCCUGGAAGAAGAACUCGAUGUCGUCGUAUAAUUGUUACCAGCUGUUCGGCUUCGAUAUUCUCCUGGACAAAGGGUACCAGCCUUGGCUACUCGAAGUGAACACUUUCCCGUCCAUGAAUCCUGACACGCCGCUCUGUGGGAUAGUAAAAGGCCAGUUGACUAAGGAUUACUUGAACCUCGUCGGCUUUCACGUGCCGAAUGUAUUGACCGGCAAGGAAUUAAAGAUCUUGAGAACUAGCUACAAGGAGGACACCGUGUGCUACAAUCACCAUCUGUACUCGAGCGCGCUCACGUGGGCGGACAGACAGAAACAAUAUGCUUUCUCGAGGGUAACCAAUCGGGGAGAGUAUCUGAAGACGAUACUUAGGAACCUCACGCCGGGCGACGUGAGAGUACUGAUACGGCACGAGGACGAAAUCACGCAGACUGGCCGAUUUGAGAAGAUUUUUCCCACGUACGACACCUUCAAGUACCUCGGGCUCUUCGACGAGACCAGGUAUUACAAUAUGCUAUUGGACGCAUGGGAAAACGAGUAUGCAAAGAAUCGAUCGGUAGGGAUCGAAAGGCUGAGGAAGCUUUGUAGAAGGAAAUAUCAUUUGACUUAA